AUGGCGAGAAUGCCUGGCAGCGGCGGCGACUGGAACACCGGCAGCGGCGGCGGCGGGGAGAACAAUGGGGGGGACCGGCCGCCGGGCCGCGGCGGCACCCACCGCCCCCACCACUACUGCAGCGCGGGGGAGGACGAGGACGGGGAGGACGACGAUGAGAUCCAGGAGGUGCAGAUAACGGGGGACGAGGAGGACGGCGCCGAUGGGGGGCUCCUGCUACUGGACGAGGAAGAGGAGGAGGAUAUGGGGCUGGAGUGGGACGGCGAGGAGGAGCCGCUGGAGCCCGAGCCGGUCCUUAUGAUCAGUAUGGACCGGGCCAGUGGCGGGCUGGACUCCUCUUGCGGCGGCGGUGGCGGCCGCCUUGGAGGCGGCUGUGGCGGCAGCAUCGGGGCAGCAGCAGUUGGGGGCGCCCCAGUGCCCGCUAGCGCCCGGGGCGCGGAGGACUCGGACCCGGAGACCGACCUGCUGCUGCAGCGCCCCGAGCGGGCCCGGCUGAGCGAGAACACCCGGCUGGCCACCCGCUACGCGGUGCGCAUCUUCCGGGAGUACCUGAGCGAGAAGUCCCAGAGCCCGGACUUCGAGACCAUGGACAAGGGGGCGCUGUGCCGGGUGCUGCGCUCCUUCUACGCCGAGGCCCGCUCCAAGAGCGGCCAGCUCUACUCCAAGUCCUCGCUCAUCAGCAUCCGCAGCUCCCUCAACCGCUACCUCAACGAGCCGCCCUACUGCCGCACCCUGGACCUGACCAAGGACCCGGAGCUGCGCGCCGCCAACCUGACGCUGGCGGCGGUGAUCCGCAAGCUGGAGGAGCAGGGCGCGGGGCCGGUGGUGCAGAAACAAGCCAUCACCCGGGCGGAUCUGCGCAAACUGUACACCUGCAGCGUGUUCAGCACGCAGAGCCCCUUCGGGCUGCUCAACAAGGUCUGGUUCGAGACCUGCAUGUACUUUUGCACGCGGGGCCGCGAGAACCAGCGCGAGCUGGAGGAGGACUCCUUCGGGCUGGCCAUGGACGAGGACGGCCGCAAGUUCGUCUACUUCAAGUCCCUGGGACCCUACCACAAGUCGCGCUCCUCCUCCUGGAGCAAGAAGCGGGCGGAGAGCAGCGACGAGGAGAACCUGCCCCGCAUGUACGAGACGGGCACCGAGUUCUGCCCUUACUCCAGCUUCGUCAAGUACCUGGCCAAGCGCAACCCGCUGUGCAAGGCCUUCUUCCAGCGGCCGCGGGACCACUGCAGCGAGGGGGAUGUCACCUGGUACGAGAACAAGGCCAUCGGCAAGAACCUGCUGGGCACCCGCAUGCAGAUGCUCUCCAAGGCGGCUAAGCUCUCCAAGACUUACACCAACCACUGCAUCGGCGCCGUCUCCAUCGCCACCCUCAACAGCAUCGCUGGCAUCGGCACCAAGCUGGGCGGACACCACCCGCACCCCGCCGGGGCGGCAGGGGGCUGCUACACCGCCGCCCAGGCCAUCCUCAACGGCGGGCACCGGCCCCGGCCCCCGCCCGCCCCCGCCAACACCUACAUCCUCCCCAAAGACAGCGACCUCCCCCACGUGAAGGCAGAAGCGGCCGCUCUGACACCGGCCAAGCGCUCCCUCUAUGAGGCUGUGUACACUGGGGCGGCCGCGGCCGGGGGGGAUGCUUGCGGCCCCUCCUCGUCCCCCAAAAGACUCUGCCUCCGCCCCGCUGAGCCCCUGGACGCUGCUACUGCCGCUGCCUCUGUGGUGGUGGUGUCAGUGAAACACGACCCCCUGCCUCUCCUCCUCCCCGAAGCCAAUGGGCACAGAAGCACCAACUCACCCACAGUAGUUUCACCUGCUAUUGUUUCCCCCACACAGGACAGCCGGCCAAAUAUGUCAAGACCUCUGAUCACUAGAUCCCCUGCAUCUCCAUUGAACAAUCAAGGCAUCCCCACUCCAGCACAGCUCACAAAAUCCAACGCACCGGUUCAUAUUGAUGUGGGUGGGCACAUGUACACCAGCAGCUUGGCCACGCUUACUAAAUACCCUGACUCCAGAAUUGGAAGGCUUUUUGAUGGCACAGAGCCCAUUGUUUUGGACAGUCUCAAGCAGCACUAUUUCAUUGACAGAGAUGGGCAAAUGUUCAGAUAUAUCUUGAAUUUUCUACGUACAUCAAAACUCCUAAUUCCUGAUGAUUUCAAGGACUACAGUUUGCUAUAUGAAGAGGCAAAGUAUUUUCAGCUCCAGCCCAUGCUAGGUGAAAUGGAAAGGUGGAAACAGGAUCGGGAGACUAGCCGUUUUUCAAGGUCCUGUGAGUGCUUGGUGGUGCGUGUUGCCCCAGAUCUUGGAGAGAGGAUUACACUGAGUGGCGAUAAAUCUUUGAUAGAAGAAGUUUUUCCAGAAAUUGGCGACGUGAUGUGUAAUUCCGUCAAUGCUGGCUGGAAUCACGACUCCACCCAUGUCAUCAGGUUUCCAUUGAAUGGAUACUGUCACCUCAACUCAGUUCAGGUACUUGAGAGGUUGCAGCAAAGAGGAUUUGAGAUUGUUGGCUCAUGUGGAGGGGGGGUGGACUCUUCCCAAUUCAGUGAAUACGUACUGAGGCGAGAACUCAGAAGGACAUCUCGUGCACCCUCCGUCAUUCGAAUAAAGCAAGAGCCUCUGGACUAAAUGGACAUGUUUCUUUAUGCAAAAAAGGGACGUUACAUGUGCAGUUUGGACACCAAACAAGUCCUGGAACUAAAAUUGAAUAAAGACGCCUUUGUAUGAAA